GGUGUCUCUCCCUCUCUAACUGGUGUCUCUCCCUCUCCAACUGGUCUCUCUCCCUCUCUAACUGGUCUCUCCUCCUCCUGUUGUAGCGGACUCCACCGGGACCCACUCCCUGUACACUGAAUACCAGGACUAUGAGAUCAUGUUCCACGUCUCCACCAUGCUGCCCUACAUGCCAAACAACCCCCAGCAGCUCCUGAGGAAGAGGCACAUCGGGAACGACAUCGUGACCCUCGUCUUCCAGGAGCCGGGGGCGCUGCCCUUCACCCCCCAGAACAUCCUCUCCCACUUCCAGCACGUCUUCGUCAUCGUCCGCGUGCACAACCCCUGCUCCGAGAACACCUUCUACAGCGUUGCCGUGACGAGGAUGAAGGACGUGCCCCCCUUCGGCCCGCCCAUCCCCAGCGGCGUGGCGUUCCGCGACCCCGACGCCUUCCGCAGCUUCCUGCUGGCCAAGGUGCUGAACGCGGAGACGGCCGCGCACAAGUCGGACAAGUUCCACACCAUGGCGACGCGCACGCGGCAGGAGUACCUCCGCGACCUGGCCGAGAACUGCGUCAGCGGCACGCCCAUGGACUCGGCCGGGAAGCUCAACAACCUCAUCUCGCUGGCGUCCAAGAAGCGGGAGCGGGCGCGGGCACGGGAGGGGGCGGAGCUGGGCGCGGCGGGGGCGGUGGCCUGGCGCGUGCUGGCCCAGGACUUCAGCGGCGGCGGGGCGGAGAUGGCCUGCGCGCUGGGCCUGUCGGAGGAGUACGUGCUGCUGGUGGACCAGGCCACCAAGGAGGUGGUGUUCAACUGCUUCUGCUCCGACGUCAUCGGCUGGACGGCGGAGCGGCUGGCGCUGAAGAUCUUCUACGGCCGCGGGGACUACAUCGCCGUGCGCGUGGCCGAGGGCUGCGCCCAGGACAUCAGGGAGGUGGUGCAGAGGUUAAAGCCGCUGACGGUGGGCUGUGAGACGGUGGACAUGACCCUGAGGAGGAACGGCCUGGGACAGCUGGGCUUCCACGUCCGUCUGGACGGCACCGUGGCUGAGGUGGAGGAGUACGGCUUCGCCUGGCAGGCGGGGCUGAGGCAGGGCAGCCGAUUAGUGGAGAUCUGCAAGGUUGCCGCGGUGACGCUGACCCACGAGCAGAUGAUCGACCUGCUGAGGACCUCGGUCACCGUCAAGGUGGUCAUCAUCCCCCCGUACGAGGAGGGGGGCCCGCGCAGGGGCUGUACGGAGGAGUAUGAGAUGAAGACCAUGGAGCAGAAGCCGGAGCCCGAGCCCGUGGCGGUGGGCUACCGGCCCUCCCCGCGGCCCCCCGGGUGUCGCUGGGACAGCCCCCCCCUCCACGGCACCCCCCCUCACCCCCAGCGCUGGGCCCACAUGGGCCCGCCGGCCCCCCCCCUGCCCCGCGCCCACAAGACGCUGGUGGCCGUCCCCUACAGAGAGACGCAUCACGGCAGCGCCAAGAGGCCGGUGAGCUACCCAGAGAACCAGUACACGGUGUCCCCAGCAGGGGGCGACCGGCUGCUGCCCUACAGGAACCCCUCGGCCAGCUUCUCCUCCCCCUCCCCCGGGCUGCUGGGCCCCCACGGCCCCGGCCUCGGCCCCUUCGUACGCUACAAGCCCUCCCCCGACAGGUUCGUCCCGGGACAGCGCCCCCUGGUGGGCUACGAGCCCCCCAUGGUGCUAGACGUGACCUCCAGUGGAGAGUCGUCGUCUGGCUUCACCAGCCAGGAGAGCACGAUGGAGCGCUGCAAACCAGAGCCGGUCUGGCAUGUCCCAGUGCCGUCUCGAGGGAUGGGUGCAGGGGGGGGGCAGCGAAGGCCCCCCAGGCAUGACGUCCCGGGGAAGGACUCUCCCAACAGGCACUCAAAGGGCGAGGCUCAGUACUCCAGCCACUCCAGCAGCAACACGCUGUCCAGCAACGCGUCCAGCGGCCACAGCGACGAGCGCUGGUUCGACGGCGCCCCCCGGGGGGAGGUCAUGGGCAACGGGGGCGGGGGCCCGGGCGACGCCCCCGACCCCGCCGACCCCGACCCCUUCAACAAGGGCGGCUCCAGCGACAGCGGCAUCGACGCCCCGCCCCACUUCACCCACCACGCCCGCCCCCCCCCUGCCGGCCCCGGCCCCUCCCACAAGCCCCUCACCCUGGGGGUGCUGGGCCCGGGACUACUGGGGCCGGUGCUCACGGUCCAGGGGUACCUGGGUCAGGGGUCGCUGGGCGGGCCCCAGGACCCCCCCUCCGUGGUGAGGAGCGGGGGGGGCAGCGGCGAGGGCCGGAGGCGGGAAUCUUCACCGGCCAAUCAGAACAAAGGAUACCGGACCAGGACGUUCCCGCCGCCCGGCUCCAGCGCGGACAAGGCGGACCCGUUCCACCGGAGGGGCUGCUACACCCCCCAGGGGUACCAGACACCCUCCUCCGACCAGGGCCGUCCCGCCAGAGCCUCCGCGGCCACGCCCACCCUGGCCCUGCUGAACUCCGCCCCCCUCUCCAGCUCCGCCCCCAAAAGCUUCUACGGGAAGAGCAGGACGUCGGCGUGGCAACCGGAGGACAACGGCCUCUCCGGCCUGGUCAUCCCCACGACCUCCAGCUCUGACAACGGCAGCAAGAAGCAGGUGGAGCUGAACUCCAAGAACGUGUUCGGCCAGCCGCGGCUGCGGGCAUCACUGAGGGACCUGCGCUCCCCGCGGAGGACCUACAAGAGCACCGUGGAGGACGACCUGAAGAAGCUCAUCAUCAUGGACUACCCGGCCGACAACCCCCCGAGAGACACUUCCCCCAGGCGCCCCCUCCAGAGGACCUUCUCCGACGAGUCGCUGUGCAGCGGGCGCCGUGACGCCAGCUACGCGGCGGAGGAGAGCGUGGGCGCCCCCGCCGCCGUCCUCUUCACCUGCACCCUGCCCUCCCGCAAGCCCCACGGGCCCCCCCCCCCCGGGGGCCAGGGGGCCAAGAAAGCGGCCCUCUCCUCCUCGGAGCUCUCCCUGGUGGAGGGGCGGGACCAGGUGCCCCCCCUGCGGCGGCUGGACCCGGGGCUGAUGCCGCUCCCGGACACCAGCGGGGGGGGGCUGGAGUGGACCAGCCUGGUCAGCGCCGCCCGCGCCUACGAAGGUGAGGGGGAGGUUCAGAGGACGGUGUCUCUCUUCUCGCUGACGGAGCCUCCGGUCGGAGGUCAGGACCUGCGUCCGUCCGUCAGUCCGGUCCAGUUCCAGACGCCGCAGACGCCGCGGACCACGCCCACCUUCAGCGGCGACGAGGUGAACCACGACCUGCCGGGACGCCUGCACCACCUGGAGGUGAAGCUGAAGCAGCUCAACACCGACCUGGAGAAGGAGAAGAAGGACAAGGUGGUGCUGAUGGCGGAGAUGGCGGACCUCCGUCAGAACAACCAGCGUCUGCAGGAGGAGAGCUCCUCCGCCAGCGAGCAGCUCCGCAAGUUCAGCAUGCUGUUCGCCAGCCCGCAGCCCGACAGGAAGUGACCUCGCACCGGCCCGCAGCCCGACAGGAAGUGACCUCGCACACCAGGACGCCGGCGAUGUCGGAGGAGAGGAUUUUGGAAGACGCUGAAGGAGACUAGUUUAAAGAUGGAGUCCCACUAGACAUGAGGACUGGUUUAAAGCUGGAGUCCCUCUAGACAUGAGGACUGGUUUAAAGCUGGAGUCCCUCUAGACAUGAGGACUGGUUUAAAGCUGGAGUCCCUCUAGACAUGAGGACUGGUUUAAAGCUGGAGUCCCACUAGACAUGAGGACUGGUUUUAAGCUGCAGUACUGCGCUGUUCAACACGUUGACUCUCCUGCUAGAUUCCUCCCUCCACUUUAAACUGGACCGCCUUAAACAGGAGAGAACUACGAAGAACUUUUAAAAGGGAGGACAAAAAUAUAUAAAUAUUUUGUAAAUGUGAGCCCAACACUUUAAACACGCCUAUUGUGCCCCCCCCCCCCCUCUCCACACACACACACACACACACACACACACACCCCCUCUCUCCGCGCUCCACCAAAAUGGUCUUCAAUGUCUCUCCAGGCUGUCCUCUGGCUAUACCUGUUUAUUUUUCUAUACUGUAAUGCUUACUGUACAUCUAUAUAUCUAUACGCUCAGAGCCCAGGGACGUAGGAGUAGGGGAAGACUCAUUAUCUGAGGAAGGCCUAAUACUGUUCUGAUGCAAGUCAGCUGGGGUGUGUGUGUGUGUGUGUGUGUGUGUGUGUGUGUGUGUGUGUGUGUGUGUGUGUGUGUGUGUGUGUGUGCGCGCGCGUGUGAGAGAGAGAUGCAUACUGGUGACACACAAGCCAUCAGCUUGUGUAGCGAGCGGGAAACAAAUUGAUGUCAUGAGCUCAGUGAUGCCAGAUCUGGUGGAUUUCCACAGUUAAUCUUAAUCUCGAUUCUCCAGAUGUUGUUUCUCUCUCUGUUUUACGUCCUGUCGUCUGAUUUCGGAGGGUCUUUGGAACCGGACUUUAUGACAAGGGACAAUUGUUUUCUGUAAUCAAAAAGAACCAAUGAAAAUGAACAAAUAUGAGAGUACAUGGUGUUGUACAAACUGAAGUUCUGCGUGGUCUUCAGUUAGAGACCGUAGCUUCAGUGUCUUCGUGUACAUAUCUGUUGAGUGGCUGAUGAGAGAAUGAAGUGCGACUGAGUGUUUUCUAAGUCCUAAACCUAAACGAUCAUAAAAAAAUACGCUAUUUAUACUGCUAGCCCGUUUGACAAUACCCUACUUAUAUAUAAUAUUUUAUUUUUAAUACAGAAAUGUAUUUUGUGUUUAAUCAAAAAAAACUGGUACUGAAUGAAAAGCUUUCCAGAAAUCUCAGCUGGGGUGCGUUUUACUCUCACUUGUACUGUUCAUGUCUACACCCCCGUGGACGAUUCACCCUGUCACAACCCCACCGGAUCAAACUGGAGCUCCGCCCCCAACCCUCUCAGGAUGACGCCCACCCAACUCAUAGAUGGCAACGCACCAAUCCACGUUCUCUCUGAUCCUGGGAAGGACAGAGAAGACUCGGUGCACACGAGACUUUUCUCCUCUCCACCUUUUUGGAAGACUUGAUAUUUAUACGCGUGGAAUCACUGUGUUCGAGUCCCCUGGUCCGCCGAUCCUAUCCGUCUCUGGGGCUCCGAGCGAGGCAUCCGACAGGACAGGCUCACAAACCCUCGGAGGUGGUGAGAGUUUGGCCGGGUUUCAGGCUUCGAUCAAUUUUGACAGAUUUGAUUCAUUACAAAACACUGUUCUUAUUCGAAGAGGAGGAUUGGGUCCGAGAAGGUGAUUUCCUGCAGGAUGGGUUCUGGUUCAGAAGGGUUUUACUGGAGUUGAUAUUCUUUGGUUUUGGGGAUUGCAGAUUGAGCGAGAUGUUAAGUCAAGUGUCAACACGCAUCCUUUUAAAAACUUCUACAUUCUUACUGUUUCUUGGACGGGGAACGACUUUGAACCAAGCAGCUUAAUAGGUGUUGAUUUGUUUUUUAUAAAUGUCUUAAUCGUUAGUUUUCUUUGCAUGUGGUGGGGCAAUGCUGUUUUUUUUUAGUUUUUGUAUACAAAUCAAUGGAUGCUAAUGAUUACCUGAGCGUGGAGCAUAGCGCAGUGCAGCCGUAUUGCACAGAUCACAGUAAUGCAUCAAGACAAGCUUCUUUUUUAGAUGUUUAAUAUUUUGAUAAUUUAUUUUUAAAGACAUUGGCCACUUUUGGAUCUGAUAACAAAAUAGUGAAGAUGAGAGGGUACUGUGUGUCGAUUCCAUUGUAUGCUCUGUGACGUCUGGCCGAGGUUAAAACGUGUUAGAUUGAACUUUGUUUUGCUUGGGGUUGUAUCAAUGAGUGUACAUUUAAAGUGUAAAUUAUGUUUUCAUUAUUUUAUAAGAAAAUAUAUUUAAAAAAGCA